AAACAAUCACAACUCUACUAUGAGUGUCCCAUCCCAACACAACAGCCCUUUCACAUUCAAGAUCUUCCCAAGUUCCCAACCAUGCAAUCCACCCAAUCAGCAGUCAUCACCCUCUCGCUAGGCCACGCCAGCUUCAUCACCACCCAACCCAUCCCCACCCCCCGCCACGAUGAAAUCCUCGUCCGCACCGCCGCGGUAGCCCUAAACCCGAUCGACUGGAUGCUUCUCGGCAGCACCCCAUCGCCCAACGCAGUCAUGGGCCAUGACUACGCCGGCACCGUUGUCGAAGUGGGAGAAUCCGUCCGGGAGAGGUUCCAAGUCGGAGAUCGCGUCUGUGGUCUCGUUAAGGGGGCCAACCGGACCCGGACCGAAAGCGGUACUUUUGCAGAGUAUAUUGUAGCCAAAGCGGCGAUUCAGGUUCCCAUUCCUCAGGGUGUCAGUUUCGAGGAUGCGGCUACGGUGGGCGUUGGAGCUAUGGCCGCCGGACAGUGUCUUUUUGGGCCCUCUUGUCUGGAUUUGCCGUGGCCGGAAGAUUAUCAGUUUGAAAAGCGCCGGGAGUCGAUUCUGAUUUAUGGUGGAAGUACAGCGUCGGGAAGUUGGUUGAUUCAGGUUGCGAAAUUGGCUGGAUACACCGUCCUCACCACCUGCUCGCCAAAGAACUUCAACCUAGUGCGUACGUACGGCGCCGAUGAGGUAUUCAAUUAUCACGACCCGCGAUGCGCUCAACAGAUCCGAGAAUAUACCAACAACAGCGUCAGAAUCGUUUGUGAUGCCGUAUCAACAUCAGAGUCAGUACGGAUUUGCGAAGAAGCUAUCGGCACCGAAGGAGGGCGAUAUCAUUCCUUACUCCCGGCACAAGUGAACCGUUCGGAUGUACAGGCGACUUUUAUUAAUUGCUGUGUCGCUAUUGGGGAAUCGUUUGAAUAUGGCCCCGAUUGCAUGGUUAUUCCCAGAGUGCCGGAGGAAUUUGAAUUCGCGAAGAGAUGGGCGCGGCUACUAGGUACUCUUUGGGCUCAAGGGAAAGUUAGACCAUUGGCUGUUGAGAAGCGUGGUGGGGGGUUGAAGGGGGUUCUUGAUGGAUUGGAGGAUUUGAAGAAUGGAGCAGUGAGCGCUCGAAAGCUGGUGUAUUUAGUGUGA